AUGACGGCGUGUCAGUGUCAGCACUCGGCAGUAUCAUUGUCAGUGCCAGUUGCUUGCUGAAUUUCUCUUCGUCUAAACUACUGGAUUGUGAUAAAAAUUUCGCGGACACAAAUGGAAUUCUAGUGAAAAUGUUUUGCUAUCUUAUAAUAGGCUCCACAGAACUAUCAAGUAUAAAUAUAACAUGGUUGUACUGAGAAUUUAUUGUUCUGCUGUAAGACUCCUGUCAAGAACAGAUUCAAAGUCAAGGUUUCAGGGUCAUGGCAGAAAUAGACUAGUUGACAACACAUGGCAGCAACAAAAUCGUACAUUCUUCAACUUCCCUAAACAAAGCCGUAACCGCGAGUAUCGCGGGAGGCAACUAGUAGGGUACACCAUGGAACAAAUGUAUGAAGUUGUUGCUGAUGUGGAGAAUUAUCACAAAUUUGUACCUUGGUGCAAGCAAUCUCUAGUGAAACAAAAAUCAAGUAAUCGACUAGUAGGAGAACUCAUUGUUGGAUUCCCUCCUAUAAACGAAAGCUAUACAUCCAUUGUGACCCUAGUCAAACCACAUUUAGUAAAAGCAGAGUGUACAGAUGGCAGGUUAUUUGAACAUCUCAUCACUGUCUGGCGAUUUAGCCCUGGUCUCAAAAAAGAACAACAAUCCUGUGUAGUGGACUUCCACAUAGAUUUUGAAUUCCGUUCAGUUUUUCAUUCCCAAAUAUCAAAUUUAUUCUUUGACCAAGUUGCAAAAAAAAUGGAAGGAGCAUUCAUUGCUGAAGUUGGUAAUAGAUUUGGUACAGCAACUAUGCCUCCAAGAAAUUUACUAAUCUGAAAUUAUUAGUACAGUUUAAUUAUCUCACUAAUCCGGCACUAAUUCUGACACAUAAGGGAGCCGAUUUAGUAGAAAAUUCGGAUUACUGGAAGUUAGAGCAAAUCUACAUACAUUUUGAUUGUGUCAAGUGCAGCAAUUAAAAAUAAAAAUAAAGGUACUAUUGACUACUUUUUUGCCAAUUAUUAACAGGAAAUUUAUUACCAGAUUAUGGUGUACCAGACCACUUAAAUGCCGGAUUUUUGAGAUUUCACUGUAUUGUUAGUCUCGAGAGUAUUCUAUUUGUGAUCGGAAAAUGUUCUCAAGUAAAAAUGACAUACAACUCCAAAAAUUAUACAAGAUUUGACAAUUUUUGUUACCUAUGUGUAAGUGAUAUUAUAUUUUCCUGAAAGAAUUUUAUUUAUUGUAAUAUAAUGGAAGCCAAGCUCCCUUAUAAAUCUAGAAGGAAAUAAAAUAAGUUAAGAAUUUUAUAAA